AGUGAUAACUUUUGUGAUUAUAUGUAGUGAUAAUGUGUUGACACGUGUUAUACAUAUUGAAUGUAUUGAUUGAUUGAUUGAUUGAAACAAUGUCUUCAUUAUCGCAGCAAAUCUCAAGUCUAAUCAAUCCUUUGCCGUCACUGAUUGAUCCGGAAGAUGACUUGGAUGUCGAGACAUCGGCUAUAACUCUAUUGAAAAACAGUCAAAAUAGUGACCAACAUAUUGAUCAUAAUGUCAACUCUCAUGCCUUAAGAAAUCGUUUUCAAUCAGUAGAUAUCAUUAGCCAUCGAUAUGCGGGACAAGUCGUUAAUCGGACACAAAUUGAAAGUGAUUUUUCAAGCGAUGAAAAUGAUGAGGAAGAAGAUAUCGGUGAAAGUGAAAGUGAAGAACGAGUUGAACACUAUUUGGAUGACAUGACGGCACCAAAUGCUUCAUCAGAAGACUUAGACUACCAGUCAAAUGAUGACAGCAAUGAUCACCAAUUAAUUGAUAUAAAUGAUGAUUAUAUACACCAAUUGGCAAACAUUGAUGUUAACGAUGAUAUAUCCAAAGGAAGAGCUCUGAAGAAUCAAUUGAUUAUUUGGGAUAAUCUGUUGGAGUAUCGAAUAAAGUUGCAAAAAGUAAUGAUGUCUUGUAAUAAAUGUCCGCAAUUUGAGUAUUUGUUACUUUUAAGAAAGCAAUCGCUUAAUAAUGAAGUGGACACUUGUCUUAAGGAAACUUACAAAUCAUUAUUACGAUUGCUUAACAUUAUUAGCGAUAUUGAUAUAUCACUUGAUUUACAAAAUAGUAUAACAAAUGUUGAUUUAAAUAAUGAAUUUAAAGAAACUAAUAAUAAUAAUAACUCUGAUUCUGAUAAUUCAUGGCAAAAGUUGCCACAAAUUAUAGCUAAACGAAAGCUUAAUUGUGAUGACAUUUCACAUGUUUUGUCAAAAAGAUUUUGCAAUUUGAGAGAGAAAAGAGAAGAUGUGUUAAAUAAAUGGUAUGAAAGGACACGAUUGACAUCAAAUGCAUUUAAAAAUAAAUGUUUAUUAUCUCUCGAAACUUCAACUAAUAUACAAAUUAAUCGCAUUCUUAAUGAUACGAAAAGACUUAUUAAAAGAACACAAACUAAAAGAUCAAUCUAUAGUAUUGUCGGCAAAGAUAAUGAAACUGAAGAAGAAAUGUACAGUGAAAAUGUGGAACAAUUGAAUGUUGAAAUAUUUGAUGAUGAUGAUUUUUACCAUCAACUACUACGACAAUUCAUUGAGACCAACACAAACACUGACUCAACUGAUCCAUUUGUCUUAAGCAAGAAAUGGCUUGAAAUUCAAAGAAUCAGAAAUAAAAUUAAACGAAAAGUUGACACAAAAGCGAGUAAAGGUCGCAGAAUUAGAUACGAUGUUCACUCAAAAAUAGUUAAUUUUAUGGCUCCUAUUCAUAAUACUUUAUAUACCGAUGAAGCCAAGGAUCAGCUAUUUAAGUCAUUAUUUGGAAAAUUGUAUCAAUAAAUUAUUUGUCAUUUUUUAAAUUGUUGUCUUAAGUACUAAUGUAAUCUAUCGUUGAAUUAAAUUUGAAUUUAAUAAAUAUUGUAUUAU